CUCAAAAUACUAAACGAUAUCAUUUGUGAAUCAUGGCGUUAAAUUUGUUUUCGGUUGAAGGAAUAAAUGUAUCGGGAUAGUUAGUCGCUUAAAAACAUUUUUUCAAAGCAGAUUUGUUUGUCUGUGCGAAGACAUGGGAGUACUAGUAUUUAAUAUUUUUAUUGUGUCAACUUCCCCGGUAGUGUUUACUUAUUAGCUUAUCUUAAUUGCAAUUUAUAGGGACAUUCACUUCAUUAUUUUCUUCAAAUAUAUUUACAAAGCAUUAGUUGGCCCAUUGGCUAACUAGUAACCCAUGCGCAAACACUGUGAUUAAGAAGAGAAGGAAAAAGAAAUGUGGGUACUUUUGACAUUCUUGUGGUUUGUACAAACACAUACUUUUGAUUUACCAAAUGAUGGAUGUGGAUCGGAUUUAACCAUUGACAAAGACCAUUAUAACACUUCGGAAGUUUACAACAUAGGAGACGCAUUUCCAACGGAAACACAUUACGAUAAAUUUGGAAAUUUAUUUUUUAUUGAAUCGGGCAGAAAUCUAGAUGGAUACUUCUUUCAGGCGAAAAUAAUAAAAGCUAAUUCAACUGUCCCUGAAAGAAUUGAAGGUCUUCCCCUUGGACAAUGUUAUUCUAUUGCUGUGGAUAAUAAAAACUCCAUGGUAUAUUUUGGCACGGGUAAAGGAAUUUAUGCAUAUAAUUAUGAUUCCGAAGAUGCAAAACUUAUAUCCUCUCCGAAUAUUAAGCCAAACGAAUUAUUCGUAGAUAAAGAUGGUAACAAAUAUAUAACAGAAAGUCCUGAUGGUAUAGAACAGAUGUAUUUAUUGUCGGGCGAAAAAAAAAUUAGAUUCAAAACUUUGGAAGCCCUAAAUGAAGUUGCAGUUGACGAUAAAAAUAACUUUUAUUUUAUCAGGGAAGAAAAACUGUUCGUUCUGAAAUCGAAUUUAUCAUUUCCGAUACUCAUUGGAAAUCUUACAUACGAUGGACUUGCGCAAAUCUCCUUCCAUAAAAACACAGUGUAUGUCGCCAGUGAAACAUUAUUGUACCUCCAUGAAAAUGAUACGGGCAAUCUGAAGAACGUAGAUAAUGUGCCGGGGAAUGUAACUGCUAUUGCAUUUGAUUAUGCUAGUAAUUUAGUGCUUGGAACUUAUGGUAAAAUAAUCAAAUAUGACAAUAAGAAUACGGAAUGUUAUCAUAGAAAUAAUACAUGAUUAAUAAAAAUGCUAUUUUAAAAGACAA